CCGCUUUAAUCACAACACGGGAAGUGGAUUUGAAAACACAGAUACUUCAUUCAUUUCCUCUCUCAGUUCAAUAAUAGUGGAAUUAAUGCGCACUGAGCGGGGUAUUAUUGUAGUUUACACACUUAUCUAAUAGACGCUUCAUUAUAUUCAUGUGCAAAGAGUUAAAUGUUGUGAUAUCGGGAGUUCAAGCUGAGCAUGGCAGCGCUGGUGAGGGAUUAAGUUGAGGGCAGCUGGGUGAUGUUUUGACCCAGUUUGGGAGAUGUCAGUGUGGCUUGGCUCAGUUCUCUAUGGGAUAUGAGGAGCUGACAGACGAGCAAACACCACUCAGCCCUAUUGACUGUCUUAGACUGGGGUUUUAUAGCUUUAUAUCAGUUAAAACAGCAUAUACAGCAGGCUGCUCAACUACCCACCACUCAGUUAACCUAGCUAACCGCUGCUGUCAUCAUGAGACUCAGCUCUUCAGUAUUCGCUGCAGUCUGUCUCCUCAUCGAGCUGCUCGGGAUUGCACUUUUCCUUAGAGGAUUUUUCCCUGUUCCAAUCAAAUCUUCUUUAUCAACAAAGAGUAAGCUGUCCGAUCUGCCUGCAGAACCACAUGCAGGAAGUAGUCAACCAAACUCAACCAAAGUCCCUUCACCUCUGUUCAAGAGAGUAGUGAUCGUGUUGAUCGAUGCUUUAAGGGAGGAUUUUGUCUUUGGGCCAAAUGGGAAGAGAUUUAUGCCCUACACCAGACACAUAGUGGAGAGGGGAUCCUCUCACAGCUUCAUCGCCAAAGCCAGACCUCCCACUGUCACUAUGCCCAGAAUUAAGGCGCUGACCACAGGCAGCAUUCCUGGCUUCAUCGAUGUGGUGAUGAACCUGAAUUCUCCGGCUCUCCUGGAGGACAAUCUUAUAUGGCAGGCCAAAAACGCCGGGAAGAGGAUCAUCUUUUACGGAGACGACACCUGGGUGCGACUCUUCCCCAAACACUUCAUGGAGUACGACGGCACCACGUCCUUCUUCGUCUCUGACUACACUGAGGUGGAUAAUAACGUGACACGUCAUUUAGAUAGCACUUUGAAGAGGGAUGACUGGGACAUGUUGAUCCUGCACUACCUGGGACUGGACCACAUCGGACACAUCAGCGGCCCUCACAGCUCGCUCAUCGGACCCAAACUUCUGGAGAUGGACGAUGUCAUCAAGAAGAUCCACGCCUCCCUCAUAACACAGGAGUCCGAGGGCAGUCUUCCUAAUCUGCUGGUGUUGUGUGGCGACCACGGCAUGUCCGAGACUGGCAGCCACGGAGGAUCGUCAGAACCUGAAGUCAGCACCCCUCUCGUCCUCUUCAGCCCUGCCUUCCAGAGGAAAGCGGGUCUGGAGCAGCCUGUUGUGGUGGAGCAGGUGGAUCUACCCCCAACUCUGGCACUGGCUCUAGCCCUGCCCAUCUCUCAGAACAGCGUGGGCCGGCUGAUCCCUGCCAUGUUCGAGGAGGCCUCACUCAGGGAGCAGCUCCGAUUCCUCCACAUCAACGGCCACCAGCUCAGCAGCCUGCUCCGCGACAGCAACCCCAACUUCCACAAGGAGGAUGGUUAUGAGCAGUUCCGCGUGGCUGAAAAGGCUCAUGGGAACUGGAUGAAGCUGUAUAUGGAGGGAAAUGCAUCAGAGGUUCUGGGAAACAUGGGAAAGAAAGUGUUAAAGCAGUAUCUGGAGGCCCUCCAAGCCAUGAGUGCAGCACUCAGCAAACAGCUGGGCAAAUACGACAUCUACUCCAUGAUUGUGGGGAUGAUCCUCGUAUUGCAGGUGCUGGUGCUGUUGCUGCUGGCCAUGCCGGAGGCUCUGAGUGGGGCGGCGUGUGUGGACGUGCCUGUAGCCCCUGCCUUCCUCUCUCUGCCCUUCUACCUGCUGAGCCUGCUGGGCUCCUCCGUUCACGUCCUGGUCUGCACCUCCGCCGAGGCGUCCUGCUACUUCUGCUCGCUGCCCUGGCUCCUGGCGUUCUCCGCCAUCCUCUUUUCCUCAGCUUUACUCUGUUCUCUGGUGGUCAUGGCGGCCAGGUGGGUCCCCUUACCCAGCAGCUCGCAGCCUAAGAAGUCAUCAGACUGGACUCUGUCUGAGCUGGACGUGUUGCUCCUGACAGGCACAGUCGGUCACACCCUCAGUCUGGGUGCCAGCAGCUUUGUGGAGGAGGAGCAUCAGACCUGGUACUUCCUGCUCAACACUCUGUGCCUGGCAGUCUUCCAGGACGUCUGCAGGAAGUACUUCAGGGAGAGGAGACAGAGCAGCGAUGAGGAAGAGGAAGGUCCUCUGCUGCCCUCUACAGUGGAGGAGGAUCCGACCCGAGCCACGUUCUCACCAACAGCAGAGCUGGGGGUCAGCGUGGGGUCCGAGAAGUGGCUGGCCCUGGCCACUCCCAUUCUGACCCUGGCUUGCUGUCGACUGCUGAGGUCUCUGAACCAGACCGGAGUACAGUGGGCACACCUGCCUGACCUGAGCCACUGGCUCAACAGUGGGGAUCAUAAGGUGUUUCUGUCUCUGCUGGCUGUUCUCUCCCUGCUGCUGAUCUUCCUGCUCGUCCAGCGUCGCUGUUCUAUGGUGUCCAAGAUCGCCCUGGCACUCGGCCUUCUGGGAGUUUACAGCUACCGCGCCGCAGUUGACAACAUCCUGUUUCCAUGGCAAAAUUCAAGCCAGUCCGUCUCCAAAGGAACAGGGGAGGCUCGGUUUGUGUACGUCUUCGUGUUGGGGAUCCUGUUCACCGGGGUGAAGGAUCUGCUGCGCUCUCAAGUGAUGUCUUCAGCGGUGGAGGGCAGGCGACUGAAGAGCAGGGGAUUAUGGGAAGCGUACAGUGGUGUAGUGCUGCUGGUGGCUCUGUUGUUUCGUGCUCAUAACCUGCCCACGCUGGCGUGCUGCCUGCUCAUUCAGACGCUCAUGGCUCAGUUCAUCUGGAAGAAGCUGCAUUACGACGCUGCGCAGACGACCAUCAUGCACUACUGGUUCGGGCAGGCCUUCUUCUAUUUCCAGGGGAACUCCAAUAACAUAGCGACCGUGGAUAUCUCGGUGGGGUUCGUGGGGCUGGAGAGUUACGUGGAGGCUCCCGCUGUGUUCCUGACCGCAUUUAGCACCUACGCGGGUCCACUGCUCUGGGCGUGCCACCUGGUGUGCUACCUCAGCUCAGAGAGAGACAGGGCCGCAGUGUCUCUCGGGCACGGCAGCUACUGCUUCGCCCUUCUGCGCUCCAUCCCCGCCGUGUUCUACGUGGUUCUGGUCACAGCGCUGCGCUACCAUCUCUUCAUCUGGAGCGUCUUCUCCCCGAAGCUCCUCUACGAGGCCAUGCACACUCUGGUCACCGCCGCUGUCUGCCUCUUCUUCACCUUCAUGGACCAGGACCGCACCCGUAGACCAUGAGCUCCAGCCUCCUUCUGACCCAGAACCCUUUAAACCGACCCAGAACCUCUUAACCCAAGUCUCAGGAGCAGUGGGUGUCAGGUCAGGAGCUACGGAGGACAGAAGGUGAUGGAGAGGUUUAUUAUAGAGAGGUUUGUUCAGGAGUAGAAGAUGGAAGGAUGGAAGAUUGUAUUUGUUGAGAUGGAUGGAAAGGAUGUUGACGAGCACAAUUCAUUCCAAGUCACAAUGCAAGUUAUAAAGGGGGGUGACUGAGAAAGAGAGCGAGAGAGCGAGGAAUAGAUUGGAAGUUUAAAAAAAAAAAAAAAAAAAAAGCAAUAAGCAAAACACUCAAAUUUCCUCCAGAGCUUUUGCAGCAGAAUGUGCAGCAGAAAGACCUCUGGCUUGAUUGUGAGAAGAUAAAGUCAAUGUAUUCUGAAGUUAUUUUUGUAUUGGAGAUGUGUGGGGGUAAUUUAUUGUGGGUGAAGCUUUAGGGAAUGGAGGUUUACAGUGUUGCACAGCUUUCGGCUUCCAAUGCUUUAAACAAACUACAAGUAAGAUUAUAUUCCUAAACCAGUUACAAACAUGAAUUAUUAUGCGCUUUCGUCAAUAAUAGUUAAAACAUGUCUUGUUCAUAGGGUUCAUCUGUGACUCCUGUUUACACCUGAUCACUUUGUGUUUUUUUAGGAUGAAGUCAAGCCACAUAGAAAGUAAAAUAUUACGGGGACUCCCAGUAAGUAAGCAGACUAAAGGUCAGUUUAUACUUCUGCACUGAACCUAUGCCAUAGCCUGUGUGUAGAUGGAAUAGCCUACACCAUACCCUACGCCAUAGCCCAACGUGCAACUCCCCAGAAAUGUAACUACAUUAUUAUAGGUCCAUUAUAUUAUAGGUUAAGUAAAUUUAAUUUGAGAUAAAUUUAAGUAAAUUCAACUUGGUUUCAAGACUUAAAUGUUACAUGGAGUAAAUAAGUGAACUGAACUUCAGGCAGUAAGUAAAUUUUAGUAACUUUAGUAAUACAAUAUUACCUAAUUACAGUUACUUAAUUUAUACAGUAUUACUCAAAUAAUUUAUGAUACAUAAUAUAUUAUAAUUCCUGAAAUCUAGAUAUUUUUAGUUAAAACACACAUAUUACACUGUCUCAACACAUGAACAGCAUGUAAUACAUUCUUUUUAGUAAAAUAAUGUAUUACAUGCCAUUCAUGUGUUGAAACAGUGAGACUUGGUCUGUUUACAAAUUACAUUUUUGAGAUAAUGUAAAUAUUUUAAUGUGUGUUUUAACUAAAAAUAUUUAAAUUUCAUGAAUUAUAAUAUGAGUAAUAUUGUAUAAAUGAAGUAAUUGUAAUUAGGUAAUAUUGUAUGCAGAAAUUAAGUAAAUGUUACUAAAAGAAAGGAUUGAUUCAGCAAAAAUAAAUUAAGUAAAGUUCACUAAAAGAAAGGAUUGCCUGAAGUUCAGUUCACUUAUUUACUCUAUUUAACAUUUACGUCUUGAAACUGAGUUGAAAGCAAAUGCAGAAGUAAGUAAAAUUUACUCAGAAUAUGUUAUUCAGUGCACUGAGCCUCCCACUUUCCUGUUAAUGCAGGCAACGCAGAAGAUUUCCUUAACUUUGAAUUAUGAAUCAAUGCAACAUUGGCCAAACAAAUUCUUUGCACCAAUCACUGAAACGGGGGUCUGAGAUUCCCACCUUCUGCUCUGUGAACCUUUAAUUCCUACUGUACUUCGUUUAUAUUCCCGGAAGUUUGAACUGUUCUGAACAUGAAAGAGAGUAUUAUAGACAGUAGCUUGCUAGAUUAACUUGGUAAAGUUGAUCAACUAAAUCCAGUCACUCAAACCACUUCUGUAAGUGGUCUCACAGCCUCGUUAUCCAAGUUUCACUUUGUGUAGAACUUACAGUGUGACAGUUGGUCCGCUUCUAAAGAUUUUGCUGUGCUAUGAACAUUAACACACAAAAAGAUUAUAGUGUUGUGAAUAUAACUUAUUGCCACCUUCUCCCAAAGAAAAGGAGCUGCAUCUAUGGUUGAAACGGCGAUGUUUAAAUUAAACAUCCUACUAGGGUUGCAGUUUAAAAUUUUAGCAUUGAAAUUGCGAUGUACACAUGCGAAACAGUCACACUGCAGAAUGUGCAGUGUUUAUACAUUUUUCUUUUUUGCUGCUUAAUACAAAAAGGUAUGAACAUUUGUGGGGAUGUUAUUGGAUGGUUAGAUUUGGGAUGUUCAAGCAAAGAUGCAGGCACCUUCUUUGGAAAGCCCUUUUCUAUGGUAAGCUAGUUACUUUAUGAUUAGUGUCCACAACAGUAGCUACAUCAAAGUGCCCCGUAUACCAUGAACCAGAAAUUCUAACAUAAUCGUGAAAAAACUAAAAAUAAAAUCUGGCUGUAGGUAAAUUAGGACUGUAUAAGUGUAACCGCAUCUGUGCAAUUUUUUAUAAGGAGACAAUCCAGAUAUUAAUCACAUGAAGUGUCCUGGUGUAAACAGGCAGUUUCUGAAUUAUGUAUGAACGUCAUGAUGAACAACAUACUGUAUGAGUUCAGAUGGUAAAGCAUUGUCCCCUCUUUAAUCUCACAUGUAGUUUCUUUAAUAAUCACUGUACUGUUCUGCUUCAGAGAUAAGAAAACAGAGAAUAUUAGUCAUGCAUUAUGAUAAAUAUUAUAUUAUAACGUAUUACGUAUCAUCCCUAACCCUUGUUUCACCUUUUUUUAGAAUACAUAUCUGCCCUAUGGAUCUUUUUUUUUUUUUUUUGCAAGAUUCCCUAAAUAUUUCCCUUUUUAGAUUAAAAUAGCGCUUCAAAGGAAAGGAAUCUUAUCAAACUCCAGCUAUGCAUAUUAAAGUAGUUUAAAAUCAGCCCUUUAACAAUCUCACAGUGUGAACAGAUUGAUUAUAAUGCAGCGUGGAUCGCUUUCUUUUAAUUAAGAGCAUGCAGAUCAGAUUGCUUACGAGGGGGACUGUUUAAUGCCAUGUUGGCUUUAUAAGCUUAAUUGAGCCUCUGCUGUGAAAACAAGUAGUAGGGUUUACGUGGUUUGCUUUAUAUUGGAAAAAUGUUUAUGUAUGUUGAUGAUAAGGGCUGCUUCCAAGUGGUAUUCAGGUGAUUCGGGUGGUGUUUGUUUUCUAAUAUCAAUAAUGAUUUGUCUUAUAUGUGGGGAAAUGGGUUUUUAUUAAAUUGAUAUGGUUCUAGAUAUAAAGAAUGCUAAAAUGUGUUGUUGUUGGGGCUUUUUAUGUUCUUUUCCCAUUUUAAUUACAGCAUUUAUUAGGGUGCAUUAAUCAAACGGCCACUGUCACUGUACAGACCUACUUAAAAGCCUUCUGCUGUUCUGGUUCUCCUUAAAUUCAUCAAAGAGCCAUUAUCAUCAUCACUCCCAUGUGUUUUGCUUGUUUUGCUGUUAUUUAUUUUCCUGUUUUUUGAUCAUAAAUGCAGCGUACUGAUCAUAAAAGAGUGUACUGAUCAACUGAUGAAGCAGUGAUCAUACAGAAAGGGUCUGGUCUGUGUGUACCACUGUGAAGUUCAAGGCAAAUGUUGUUUAAUGUGCAUUUAAUGUAUCAGUUGAUAUGUUUCAUCAUUAAAUCAUCGCUCCUAAA